AUGGCUGAUGCAGCUCUAAUCCGUGGUUUACUUUCAAAUUUGGCACCUUUGAUUAAGAAUGAAUUCUCUUUGUUUUGUAAUUAUAACAAGGAGGUUCAAAAGCUAUUGAACACAUUAUCUGCAAUUAAUGCCGUACUUGAGGAUGCUGAGAGAAAGAUCAUGCGGGAGAAGGACAAACAAACUGAAGAUUGGUUGCGGAAACUCAAAGAUGUAGCGUAUGAGGUUCGAGACAUCAUGGAUGAGUGCACCUUUGAAGAUCUUCGUCUUCAAGUUAAAAGGCUUAAUGCCUCCUCUUCAACCUGGAUCCAGGUAACCAACUUUAUCACCCAUCCUUUUAGCAAUACUAAGAAGCGUCUCAAAGUUGGUCACAAAAUUAAGAAUGUUCAAGAGAAACUAGACCAAAUUUCUUCAGAGCGCCAAAACUUACAUUUGCGUGAAUCUAUUCAUGACUCAAAAAUAAUAUACAAGUUUAAUUGGCGUGAAACCAUGUCUCUUCCUAGUUGUAGUCAAUUAUAUGGGAGAGAUAAGGAGAAGAAAGAGAUUAUUGAUAUUCUAGUCAAUAAUUCAUCUAGUGUUAGUGUUGCUAAAGGACUAUCUGUUCUACCCAUUGUUGGAAUGGGGGGUCUUGGUAAAACAACACUUGCCCAAAUGGUCUUCAAUGAAGACAAUGUUUCUAAGCAUUUUGAUCCCAAAAUCUGGGUUUGUGUUUCUGAUGAAUUUGAUAUUAAGUUGAUCAUCAAAGCUAUCUUAAAAGAAGAAAAGGUAGGAGCACUCUUAGAAGAAUUACAGGAAAAAGUUAGAGAUAAAUUGAAAGGGAAAAGAUAUAUGAUUGUAUUGGAUGAUGUUUGGAAUGAAAACGUUGAGGCAUGGAAUCAGUUGAGAUGUAUCUUAGAUUGUGGAUCAAAUGGUGCAUUCCUCCUUACCACGACACGUAAAAGAAAUGUGGCAAGAAUCAUGGAAACGAUUCAACAUUUUGAGUUAUCAUUUCUCUCAAACGAUGAUUGUUGGCUACUUUUCGAACAACGUGCAUUUAUGUGUGGAACACCAAAAACUCCAAACUUUGUUGAUAUUGGAAAAGAAAUAGCUAAAAAAUGUAAGGGUGUUCCUUUACUUGCCAAUGCAUUGGGAAGUCAAUUGGGGUUCAAGGGUGAUGCAAAAGAAUGGUGCAGAAUAAGAGAUAGUGAGAUAUGGGAUAUAUCCCAAAAUGAAGAAUUUGAUGUCUUGCCUAUUCUAAGGCUGAGUUACUAUGACCUUCCAUAUCAUUUGAGAAGAUGUUUUGUGUUUUGUGCUAUAUUUCCUAAGGAUACUGAAAUUAAAAAGGAGAGAUUAAUCCAAUUGUGGAUGGCCCAUGGUUUAAUUCCUACAGUUAAAAAUCAAGACGUUGAAGAUGUUGGGAAUACAAUUUGGAAGGAGUUGUGUUGGAGAUCCUUUUUUCAAGAUGUAAAAGAGAAAAAUAGUAGGUAUGGAAUUUAUGAAACAUGUAAGAUGCACGAUUUUAUGCAUGAUCUUGCCGAAUCUUUUAUGAAAGAUGAAUGUUAUACGAUAGAUGCUAAUAACUCAAGUGACGGUUUAAUACGUGAAAUUCGUCAUGUAAGGGUAAUGGUUGAUGAGUUAGACAAAACAUCAGUUUGUUCUCUUAAGAAAAUGGAAGGGUUGCAAUCAAUAAUGCUCAAUGUCAACAAUUAUAAAAGUAUCAGAAAUAAGUUUUUGAGUGUCUUGAAUGAACUUCCGUCUUUACGUGUUCUUGAAGUAAACUGUAACUUUAUGCACUAUCUAGAUUUGCGUUAUCUGGGACAUCUAAAACAUCUCAGAUACUUAGACGUUUCCAAGAGUGGAAAAACAACAUUACCUAAUAGUAUUUGUAAUCUCUUGAACUUACAAACUCUGAACCUCAUUGAUUGUGAUAAUCUUCGACAUUUGCCUUCAAAUACAAAAGACCUUAUUAACUUGCAACAUCUUUAUUUGGAUGGUUGUGAUAAACUAAAAUAUAUGCCUAGUGGGAUGGGGCAGCUGAAACAUCUCAAGACGUUAAGUUUGUUUGUGAUAGGCAAGAAGAAGAGAGACUUCCAACUAGAUGAAUUAAAAGAAUUGAAUAUCGGCGGAUCAUUGAAAAUUAAGAACCUUGAAAGAGUUAGUGAUGCAUCUAUUAUAAAAGGGAUAAGUAUGGCUAAAAAUACGAGUAUCUCUAGGUUGGAGUUGGAAUGGUCAUCUGAUGAUGAUGAUAAUUAUAAUGAGACCAAGAGUACAAGGCAUGAGAAAAUAGGUGAAGCUUUGGAGGUUUCAACAGGGAGGAUGAAGAUAUUGAAAAUGAGUGGUUACAAAGGUGUGAAUCUUCCUAAAUGGGUGGAAAAGUCAUCUCCUUCCCUAAAUGCUAAUGACAAUGAAAUGAUAGCAAUGUUCCCUUUUUUAGAGGAACUUUCCAUUAGUGAGAUGAUGAAUUUGAGGGAAUUGGUGUCUCCUACUAUUCUUAGUCCCGGAGCAUUCCCUAAUCUAUGCAAGAUGGUUAUAAGAAGAUGCCCAAAGCUAGGGAGAUUGCCGCCACAUCUCAAAGCACUCAAAGUUGUAUGUGUUUGGGGUGAAUGUUCGGAUGAAUUGAUAAAUAGCAUCUGGAAUCUUAAUGGUCUCACAGGUCUGUAUCUUUAUAAAUUGAAUAAUGAUGUGGAGCACAUAUUCACCGUCAACAACAUUAAUGGAAUUGAAGUAGUGUUAUUCCCCUUGUUAAAGGAACUUGUCAUUAAUACGAUGAUGAAUUUGAGGGAAUUGGUGUCUCCUAGUUGUUGGAGUAUUGGAGCAUUCCCUAAUCUAUGCAAGCUGGAGAUAUCGCAUUGCCCAAAGCUAGGGGCCUUGCCAGUACAGCUUCUCAAAGCACUCAAAGAUGUAAGUGUUUUGGGUGAAUGUUCGGAAGAGUUGUUCUAUAGCAUCUCAAAUCUUAGUGCUCUCACUCAUCUCUCUAUUUGUUGCAUGGACAAAAAAAUUAUUUUAUUUCCAGAUGCUAAGGUAUUAAUGUUUGAUGAUUCAUCGUCAACCCUGGGAGAUAAUAAUGAAGCACAAUUAGGAGUACGCUCAACUUUCCAAUCUCUUCAAUCUCUGCGCAUCUGGUCGUGCUCCAAGUUAAGGCGUUUGUUUGAUGAGGGAAUGAUAAUGGAAGAAGAGACAUUAAAGAUUAGUGGAAGCGAGAACCAACAAAACUAUCAUCUUCAAAGACAAACAGAAAGAACAAGAGGUAUCAUCAACUCUCUCACGGAAUUAGAUAUUUAUAAUUGUCCGGAGUUGAUGAUAUCAGUUGAGGAAUUUGGAAACCUCAAUAUUAAUAAUUCACUACAGAGAUUGAAUAUUAAGAAGUGUCCUAAGUUGGUGUCUUCAGAAGAAACAGUCGCAUUCCUAAGUUCCCUUCAAACAAGAUUGAGUCCUGAGAACUUCCAUGUCCAUAUCAAUUAG